ACAGACCACUUCUGUAAUCCCAUAGAUAUGUAUGUAAUCCGGUUUUGAUUUAAUUCUUAGAUAACCUAAAAGUUGUGCUUUUAAGGCUCGCAAUAACCUGAGAAAAUGCCUGAAGACACAAAGAAAAAUCAGCAAAAGGGUAAACAUGAGCCCAAGGAUCAGAGGAAACGUCGGGGCAGACAACAUGCAGCUCCUAUCGAGAAGAAAGUUGAAAAAGAGCCUGAACCACCCAAAGUUACAGCCCCAGAAAAGCCAGCGUAUGAACCUCCUCCACCAGAAUUCUACAAAAGCCUGAAGAGAGAAACUGACGAAAUACUAAAAAUAACUGAAGAAGCUAACAGUAAAUACAAGAAGAAGGAAAUACAAAGUAAUUGGGCCAAGUAUGAAAUGCCAAUAGAGAGUUAUGAAGAAAUCGAUGAACAGGAAAACUUGGGAGCCGAUUAUGAGGCCCUCAUUCAAGCACCUCUUACAGUUGGUGCACAUUUUCAAUUCAAACAUGAGAAAUCUUGGGACAUCACCACGGGCCCCUCGCCAUACGACAAAUAUUUUGAUAUCAAUAUGGAUAACUUAUCAAUAGCUCUCUCUACCAUACCAUUUUAUGAACGAAAUAGCAUUGAUUCAUCAUUCUUUAAUGAGAGUGAUAUCCAAACUAUGAACCAUAGAGCAGCUAAGUAUAAACACAAAUAUUACGGCGACAAAAAGUUUGCCACACCUGAAAUAGAAGCGCAAGAAAAUAUUUUAAAUAGUUUAAAAUCAAACAACAGUAUGGAUUCAAAAAAAAUGGGUGAAGCUAAUGAAUCUGUAGAUGCAAAUGAAGAUAAAAAUGAUAAGAUGCUAAAUCAAUUCAAAGAUAUUAAACUAGAGGAAUGUGAAGAGCCAGAAACAAGUAAAGAAUUAGUAAAUAAAGGUGAAAAUGCUUGUCAAAAUUCAGAAAUAGUAAAUGAAGGCAAAAAUGUUGCUCUAAAUGCAGAAAUCCUAAGUGAAGAUAAAAAAAUAGAAAAUAAUGACACUAUAGAACAAUCAAAUGUUACCACAGAGAAACUAGUAUCUGAAAUAUCCAUAUCGGAACCUAUAGAAAGUUCUUACCAAACUAAAGAUUCAAAUAAGGCAAUGAAGGAAUCAGAAAAUAUUAAAGUUUCUAAUACUUCUAGUGAAACUAAAAGAAGUGAUAGUAAUAAAUUGAUAGACAAUGAUUUGGUACAAAAUAAAGUUGUGAAAAAUAAAGAACCAAAGAUUGAAAAGAAAUCUGAAAUGUUGAAGCCAGAUAUUGUACCAAAAGAAAAAGAAUCUCUCAAAGCACCUAUAUCUCAAAAAGAAGAUAGUCCUACAAAAAAUCCAAUAAUCGAAUCUCCGGAAGACUUAGAAAAAUGGCUCGACGAUUUCUUGGACGGUUGAAGCAGAACUACUUUAGGCUCCUGUGAUAUUAAUUUAUGCUUAUGCAAUAUUGUGUUGAAAUUAUCCCUGUAACUGAUAACUAGUAGAGGUAUAUAAAUUAAACAACAUUUAAAUCGA